CUGUACACAACAUUGACCCAAAGUCUUUCAUCACCAAAUUUUUGCUAAAAAACAGCACAAUCUACAUUCACAAUUCUGCAAAAUCUCUUCUGAGUUCUAAUUUUGGCAAAGUUUCCUAUGGCUUCCACAAAUUCUAUUUCUAUUUUCAUCCCACAAUGGAAGUAUGAUGUUUUCUUGAGUUUUAGAGGUGAAGACACCCGAUUCAAUUUCACUGAUCACUUGUAUGCAAAUUUGUUUCGAAGAGGUAUUACUACCUUUAGAGAUGAUGAAUCACUUAAGAGAGGGGAAGAGAUUGCGCCUGAACUCCUAAAAGCUAUUGAAGAAUCAAGGUUUGCCCUAAUAGUUUUCUCGGAAAACUAUGCUGGUUCCAGAUGGUGUUUAGAUGAGCUGGUGAGUAUCAUGAAGUGCAGGAAAGAAAUGAAACAAACUGUGGUACCGAUUUUCUACCAUGUGGAUCCAUCCCAUGUACGAAACCAGACAGGAAAGUUUGGAGAGGCAUUUUCUAAUUACAAAGAAGAUUCAGAAGAGAUGAAAGAGAAGGUGCAAAGUUGGAGGAGCGCAUUGACAGAAGCAACCAAUAUAUCUGGAGAGCAUGUGAAGGAUGGGUACGAGUCUGAGCAUAUUAAGAAAAUCGUCAACAACAUAUUCAUGAGAUUGAAUUGUAGAAUGUUUGAUGUUGGUGCCAACUUGGUUGGUAUGGAUUCCCAUGUAAAUGAGAUAAUUCGGCAGCUAUGUGUUGAUCAAUUGAAUGAUGUUCGUAUAAUUGGUAUAUGUGGAAUAGGUGGAAUGGGUAAGACGAGUAUCGCCAAAGUUAUAUAUAAUAAAUUUUCUCAUGAAUUUGAGUAUAUGAGCUUUCUUGAAAAUGUUAGAGAAGUUGGCAAUACUAUGGGUUUGCAUCAUUUACAAAAUCAACUUCUUUGUGAUCUACUACAAGUGGAGAGAAAUCAAAAUGUAAGCAAUGUUGGCCAAGGAGCCAAUAUGAUAAAAAAUGUUCUCCGAUUUAAAAGAGUUUUUAUUGUUCUUGAUGACAUUGAUGAUUCAGAUCAAUUAGAAUAUUUACUCAGAAAUCGUGAUUGGCUUGGAAGAGGAAGCAGAGUCAUCAUAACAACUAGAAGUAAACAUUUGUUACAAGAAAUGGAUGACGUAUAUGAGGUUGAGGAAUUAAAUUUUGAACAAGCUCGUGAGCUUUUUAGUCUCUAUGCUUUUAGACAAAAUCUUCCUAAACAAGACUUUAUCCACCUCUCGAAUCGUGUAAUCUAUUAUUGUCAUGGCCUUCCUUUAGCUCUAAAAGUCCUCGGUUCUCUCUUGUUUAACAAGACAAUACUCCAAUGGGAAAGUGAAUUGUGUAAAUUGGAAAGAGAACCUGAAGUGAAAAUUCAAAAUGUGCUUAAAGUAAGCUUUGACGGAUUAGAUCAUACACAGAAGAAAAUAUUUCUUGAUAUUGCAUGUUUUUUUAAAGGGGAAGACAAAGACUUUGUUUCAAGGAUAUUGGAUAGUUGUGAUUUGUAUGCAGAGAUAGGAAUAAAAGUCCUCUAUGAUAAGUGUCUUAUAUCUCUUUCUGAAAAUAAGAUACUUAUGCAUGAUUUGGUACAAGAAAUGGGAUGGAACAUUAUUCGUAGUGAAUUUCCUGAUAAUCCUGGAAAAUGGAGCAGAUUGUGGGAUCCGAGUGAUGUGUAUCGUGCAUUUACAAUGAAGAAGGGGAUGAAAAAUGUUGAGGCCAUAUUCUUAAACUUGUCUAGAUCAAAACAACUACAAUUUAGUACAAAGGUUUUUGCAAAGAUGAAACGACUUAGAUUGCUCAAGAUUUAUGGGAUGGAUUGUUGUGGUUUCAUGAAAAAGGAGUAUAAAAUUAUUCUUCCUGAAGAUUUUCAAUUUCCUUCACAAGAGUUGAGAUAUCUUCAUUGGAAAGGAUACCCUUUGAAAUCAUUGCCGUCAAAUUUUCAUGGAGAGAACCUUGUUGUACUCAACAUGAUGGAUAGCAAAAUAAAACAACUUUGGCAAGGAAAUAAGUGUUUGGGAAAGUUAAAGUUCUUAAAUUUACUAGGAUCAAAGCAGCUCACUGAAAUAUCAAACUUUUCAAAUAUGCCAAAUCUAGGGGAGUUAGAACUUGGAUAUUGUACAAGUUUGAAUAUCGUUGAUCCAUCUAUUGGAGUUCUCAAGAAGCUAACUUUGUUGAGUUUGAGUGGGUGUGAAAACCUUACGAGCUUACCAAGUAGCAUUCAAUACUUGGACUCUCUUGAAACUAUUUACUUGAAUAAUUGCUCAAACUUGGAGAAAUUUCUGGAGAUAGAGGAGAGUUCUAUGGAAGCUUUAACUUAUCUUCACUUUGAUCGAUCUGCUAUUAAGGAAUUACCCUCCGCAAUAAAAUAUCUCCUUGAAGACCUCCUACUCUUUGUUUGUUCAAAUCCAGAUGCUUUUCCAGAAAUCAUGGAGGAUAUGAAAGAAUUUCUUGAUUCAAGAACAGGUAUAAAAGAGCUACCAUCAUCAAUGGAACAUCUUCUUAAUAUUAAUUCAUUGUUUUUGAGUGAUUUCAAGAACUUGAGGAGUCUUCUAAGCAGCAUUCGUAGGUUUAAAUCUUUUCGCCGACUCUUUCUCAAUGGGUGCUCAAGCCUACGGAACUUUCCCGAAAUCAUGGAGGGUAUGAAAUACUUAGAGGUGCUUGGUUUGGAAGGAACAGCUAUAAAAGAACUGCCAUCAUCAAUUCAAAAUCUGAAAAGCCUCCAAAUGUUGUAUUUGAGCAAUUGCAAGAACCUUGUGACUAUUCCAGACAGCAUUAAUGAUUUGAGAUGUCUUAAACGAUUGAUACUCCCUGGUUGUUCAAACUUGGAGAAGUUUCCCAAGAAUCUGGAAGGCUUAUGCACCUUAGUAGAACUAGAUUUGAGUCACUGCAAUCUAAUGGAAGGGUCGAUACCCACUGAUAUCUGGGGUCUAUAUUCCUUGUGUACAUUAAAUCUAAGUGGAAACCAUAUGGUUAGCAUACCAUCUGGCAUCACUCAACUUUGUAGACUUCGUCUCCUUGAUAUCAGUCACUGCAAGAUGCUCCAAGAAAUUCCAGAGCUUUCAUCAAGUCUACCACAAAUAGAUGCCCACGGCUGCACGAAGCUGGAAAUGUUAUCAAGUCCAUCAUCUCUACUCUGUCCUUUCCUCAAAUGGUUCAAACGGUUCAAUCCAACAAGUAAUGAGUACAUGAAUCGGAAUUGGAAGAAAGGCAAGGUAAUUAUUAUUCCGGGAAACGGUGGAAUUCCAGGGUGGGUGUUGCAUCAGGAGAUUGGAAGCCAAGUAAGAAUAGAGCUUCCUUUGAAUUGGUACGAGGAUGACCACUUUCUGGGAUUGGCUUUCUUCUUUCUUUAUCAUAAAGGGAAUCAUUUUGAGGUUCCAUAUUAUUUUGAUCUGACAUUGCACGGUGAUUCGGAUGAAGUUGUGGAUCACCUCUCCAUGGAUUCUUUGUGUAAAUGUCACGAGAUUAAUGGUGAUGUAUCAGAUGAAUUGUGGGUGACUCUCUAUCCUAAGAAUGCUAUUCCAAAUAAGUACCACCGCAAUCAACCAUGGCACUUUCUGGCUGCGUUUGAUUUUUCUACCCGGAUUAAUGGUGAGGUUACUCAUCCCAAUAUCAAGAGGUGCGGGGUUCAGCUGAUGUACACCCGUGAUUCUCUAAACAGCAGUGUGCCUAUGUUGUUGGAUCAUCAAAGAGGCCAUGAUGAUGCCGGGAAAAACCAAGCAGAUGAUCGGGAACCUUGCCGUAAAAGAUUGAGAGCAUCCAGCACUGAUCUCAAGCUUUAAGCUCCAUUGCCAGGUGCGCUUGCUAGCUAAGUCCUUAUAUUCCACCAUCUCUCUAUUUUAUUUGUUCAUUCAAGCCCUCAUGGAAACUUACUGGUAAGCCAUCUUCCUCCUUAAUUACUUUAAUCUAUGUGUGGACUAUAUAACACCAUAAAAUUUGGACUAGUUAUUUAUCUUCAAUAUAAGAUAAAUAUAUUGCCAAGUGGUUAGAAGGAGUCGAAAUUCUCUAAUGUUUUUUUUCUUUCUUUUCUAUUUUAUGAUAAAAUACAAAUCCUUUAAAAGGCCUUUUCAUUACAUCUUGAAAGGACAACAUUAAGUUUGUUAGGCCAACAAAAGCUCUAAUACCAUUUAUUGGGCUAGCAAAAGUUUCAAUGUAAAUAUAUGAAUGAAAGAACACAUAAAGUAAAGAUAAUCCACAUAUAAAGGUGUCAAAGCUUUAAAAUGCAUGGUUUAGUCAACAUGUAUGUCUACACCUACAAAUAAGAGAUAACAUUUCACUAUAUAAUAAAAAAAUAUUACAGAUAACAAAACAUAAACAACUUUUGGGUCCCUAAACAUCCAUCGUUUUCCUAGUCUUUAUGUCUUUAACUUCAGUUGUAAGCAUUCUUACUCCAUCAAAUAUCUCUUACUUUUCUUCUUAUCUCUAUCUCUAUCUUAUAUUAUAACAUUUUUCCUCUCAUGACGUAGAAUAUUUAGAGAGAUAUUCUUACUAAGUUUUUUAUUCUAUAAAGAAUUUAAUUACAAUCACAUAUGAACUUUGAAAAUUCUCUAUAUAAUAUCAUUUCUACAAAAAAGAAUACAUCAAAAUUAGGAAUUUGAGACACUUAAUUUUCAACAUGGUUCACCUUAAAUAUUAGCCAUUUUAUAACUUUAUUGAGUUUGGAAAUCCGAACCCUAAUGCCUAAAACUUGACUUUGUUUCUUUUAGAUUAGCUAAACACUUAGUUUCAGAAAUUCAUAUUUGGAACAAAUUAUCGAUUAAACUUAAAUAGUGAAGAACAUAUCCAUCUAUAACUCAAAUUUGGAAUGCAUUCGGAGUGAAGUAUAUAUCUCAAGCUACUAUAUAUAGGACAACAACAAAAUUAAAAUUGUUGAUUUUUCUAGAUCAAAACUUUUGUCUAAAAUUAUUUUCAUAUUUUUAUCAUCAAUUAUGGCAAGUAUCUUAAAUUUCUUAGUAGUGUUAUUUUUCAAAUAUAUAUUGAAAUAUAAUUGAAUUACUCCCAAUAAACAUUUUAAAAUGUAUUCUCAUUUUAGUUCUAUAAUAAAUCCAUCUUAAAUUAAUAUGAAUCCUUAUGGAAAUAUGGCUGAUCAUGGGUUGAUGGUGGAAUAUUCUAAAAGUAAAAGAGUCUUAAAGUGAGGGAUUUGUUCCUAGAAUGACAAUAGCAUCACGUGACAGUUUUUUCAGCUUCUUAUUUCUAUUUAUUGUUGAUUUUGAUUUGCAUAUUUCAAGCAUAGAGUUGUUCAUGUUUUUAAUCAUUUAAAAGCUCUACCUAGGAAGGAUGUCUUCAAAUGCAGGGUUUCCUUACAGUUGUAAUUGUAAGUCAUCUUCAUUUCUCCUUCAAGUCUAUAUAACAAAGGGAUUGGAGUUGUUGCUUAAAUUCUUUACUGUACCUUCAAUGUCUUAUCUUCUGCUUCUUCUUCUUCUUAGUAAAAUCUUGAGGCAAUCCAAAACCAUCAUUCUAUGUACAGGUUACAACAACUGAAGAAUCAAUGUUGACUUAGCACCACCAUGGCUGGACUCUGGAGCACCCUGCUGCCCUUCUAACCACCAUGAGAACCACUGCACUGCCAUUCUUGAAGCCAGACUUGCCACCAUUUAGUAGAGUGAUCCCCACCUUGAUGUUGAUCCGAUGCGCUUAUUUUUUAACAGGGUGUACUAAUUCUUCAGCAUGAUGUAUUCGUAACUAGCAUCCUUUGAUGUAGAAUGAGACAUGACAACUCCAUACAUAUCUAAGCAAGGAAAACUGAAAGGUCAUGUAAUAUCCAAAAUUUGUCAUACCUUGCCUCAAAGCUCCUCCCUUCCGAACCCAUGGUUACUCAUAUACUGGAUAUUAUCCACGGUGGAAUGUAAGCAUCCUUGAUUUCAAUGCUGUAGGAGAGACCAGCCGAAACACUUUCAUUUG